GUCACGUGCUUCGAGAAUGGACUGAUCAUCUUUUGUUGAACAGUACCAACGACGGCAACCAAACGGCUCAUUUUUGCGAAAGCGUCAAGGACGGUCGACACAAAGUUCAACGGAAAAUGAAUACCAGACGUGCCAGGAUUGCAGAUACGGAAAAUUAUGGCUCGGAUUCAGGCGGUGACACUGAACCAGAUGCACCAAGACCAAGACCAACACUUCGACAGGGCAGCAAGAAGCGGAUCAGUGAUAUGUAUGCCGGCGAGAAUGAAGCGCACUCUGAAUCUGGACGCCCUCCACUGAGGGCAGUCAAUAUAAAUGACGACGCGGCUGAGAAGCGCAGGCGGAGGAAGAGCAAUAAGCUAGCUGUCAUAGAAAACGCGGAAGCUGGGCCUUCGACAGAGCGUCAUGAUCAGGCAGAAUCUUCCAAGGCUGCACAGGCGAAGCUGAAGCAACAGCAGCUCAACUCUGUGGCCCCGCCUCCUGUCAUCAACGUACCCCUAGACGUCAUGAGCUCCAACUUUGAGGAAUGGAUGAAAAUGGCGACAGACAAUAAAAUCAACGCUGCGAACUCAUGGAACUUCGCGCUGAUUGAUUACUUUCACGAUAUGUCACUACUUCGAAAUAAUGUCGACAACUCCAUCAACUUCCAGCGCGCUUCAUGUACCCUUGAUGGCUGCGUUAAAAUCUGGACUAGUCGUGUCGACUCUGUUGGCACUGAAACAGGCAAGCUGCUCAGCAACCUUGCCAACGAAGGAAUGGUCGGUGAGGAAGACGAUGAAGCCCUGUCGGACAAUCCUGAUAGUCAAGACGCGACGCAGGCGAAGAAAAAGAAGAAAUCGCACCGACCCGACUCGACGCUCGCUAAAGACGCCUCACAGCUUCACAGCAAGAAGCUGGAUCUCGAGUUUCGCGUUGACCCCCUUUUCCGCAAAACUUGCGAAGAUUUCGACGAGGGCGGCGCACAGGGCUUGCUCAUGAAUCACCUUAGUUUGGGGGUUGGAAGUGAUGGUGGCAUGCGCGUCGUCUUUGACGCGAGUGAUUCUAUGGGCCGAGUGGCGGAAGAUGAGGAGGAUGAGGAGGAGCAGCAAGAAGAUGUGGAUAUCAGUUACCUACGAAGUCAAUUUUUUUCUGACUUAGAGGUCCUCGACGAUAAGGCGAUCUCCCAUUCACUAUCCGCCUUCUCGUUUGCCAAAGACAGUAACCGUAUGUUUGACGACUCUCUUUACCGUGACGAUACAGUCGAUAAUGAAGGUGGCGAUGAAGACGACAAUGAUCCGGGCUUCGGAGACUAUGGCGCAGAUGGUGCACCCAUGGAUGUGGAUGGUGAUCGCGGUGGCCAGGAUUUCUUCCAGGGCGACCAAGCUGUCGAUGAUGAUUAUGAUGGUGGGGAUGCUUUUGGAGGGGGUGACUAUGGGGGUGGGGAGAAUGAGUCGGUCGGCGCCGAAGGUGAUCAACGGCAUGCGGUACGACCAGGAGGCGCAUUUAUUCCUUUCGACCCACGACGUGCGCCAAACGAGCGAGAUCGCGUAAUAGCCAUUACCGACGCGGAUGGUGAAAACGCGAUGAUGGGUUACUUCGAUAAGAACCUCAUGAAAAACUGGGCGGGUCCUGAACACUGGAAGCUGAGGAAAGUGGUUCGGAAACCAGAGGCUGAUGCUCCCAAACCUCGGCGAGAGAAGAAGGAAGCGUUUAAGAUCGACUUCCUGACGCCCGCCGAGAAAGACAUCAGGACGAUUGCAAAAGAGAUGUUUGCGAAAGUCACGCGGGGGGCUGGCAUCACUUUGCCCAGCUACGGAGGUUCGAAGACUGGCAAGAAGGGUCGGGGCGGCCGCAAAGCGAAGGAGGAGAAGCGUGAUGAACAUACUCUUCCUGACGACAUGCACUUCUCAAGCAGGCAACUCGUUACCCUGUUCUUGAAGCCCAAAUUCUCGUUGAAGAUGCGUGGACAACCCGUCAGAUUUAAUGAGGAUGGCGACGGAGAGGUCGAUGAGCAAUUUUGGGCGCAGGCCGCAGCGAACCAAGCUGCGGAACGUGCGGCAGGUGAAAAUGAUGAAACCGGCGAUGGACUAAAUAUACCUUUCAAUACCCAGUUCUUCGACAACGACUAUGAUGACGGCCCGGGCUUUGACGAUGGUUUUGAUGGCGAUGGUGCAGCGAUGGAGGAUGCUGGAGAGCAGGACCUCUUGGCUGCCACACAAGGUCAGACGCGGCGGGUUCGACCAGAAUUUGUCAAUUAUGCCAAACGUGCCAAACGGGUAGACGUGAGGAAGCUGAAAGAAAACAUUUGGAAAGGCUUGGACAUUAAGGUUGGGAAGCCGAAGGAGGACGAAGAAGACGACAAUAUGGAUGUCGAUGACACGUCUCUUACUAGCCCCAAAGAACAUAGAAUUUUCAGCUCAGUAAUUUCUGGACUACAGAAAUCGUAUCCGAAGGACAAGAUGGAAGAGAUCAGCACGAGCUUCUGCUUCAUAUGUCUACUGCACCUUGCUAAUGAACAGGGACUGAAGCUACAGACUUCUCCUGGCGGCCAGUUAGACGAAGAGGAAAAUGAAGCCAUGGACUCUGAAGACAGAGACAAAGUGGGAGACAUAUGGAGUUUAAAAGUGUGCCCGCUGCUUUUUUCAUUGAUCGUCGCUGACCCUUUGCGUCCAUAGGUGUUUAGGGACCCAGAUGCUAC